UAACAAUGACAGGUAACAGGUAAUAAAGAGACAUGCAUUUUAGAUUGUUGGGACGCCCUCGAUCGUGAUGUUAUUUAAACAUGGUCACAUUGUAGAAGAGUUUUUCGGCUGAAGAUUAGGGAUAUUGCAAACAGGUUGGCUUUACCUCACAUUGUCAACAGAAUAACCCCAAGAAGACUGUUUAAGAAGUUAAUCCAUGGAUGGUCAAGCUCUUCUGUCGCAGAUAAGUGGCCAAUAACCCAUUUAUAUCCAUUUCUUUAGUAGCUAAAAACCCCUUUAAAAUGCCUCAAUUACCAUCCUUAAAUUUUAACCAUAACCCAAAAACAGAAUCCAUCUCUCCCUUUGCAUUCUUUACAAGAAAAAGAAAAAGAAAAAGAAAAAGAAACAUAAGAGGAAAAAAGUGUUCUGAAACGUUAACAAUGCCUUUCCCAAUCUUGUUCCUGGUCUUACUUCUUGCCGUUCCAACUCACCAAACAGCAACAUCAGAUUUAAUAAGCAAAACAUGUGACCAAACCUUAUACAAGGACUACUGCAAAACUGUUCUAGGAGCAGCCCCAGAGAGUGACGUGAAAGAUUUGCCAAGCCUAACAAAAUAUGCACUAAAGAUGGCAUCAUUAAACGGGGUUAAAAUACACAAGAAGAUUGACCAAAUCUCCAAGUCAAAUAAAGAUGAAUUCAUCCAGCAAUGCCUAGACGAUUGCUCUGAGAUUUACCAAGAUGCAAUUGAUCAAGUUGAAGACUCAACAGCAGCCGUGGAUGGUAAAUCUUAUAAUGAUGUUAAUACAUGGGUGACUGCUGCCAUGACAGACUCCCAAACAUGCGAGGAUGCAUUCAAGGAACAAGAUGGAGUUAAAUCUCCAUUAACUGAUGAUAACACAAAGUUUAACCAGCUUUGCAGCAUUAUUUUGACAAUGUCCAAUCUUUUGGCUAAAAUUUAGCAAAGCUGCAAAAACUUGCUGCUUCUCAAAGCAUGUGCUUAGAGACUACGGUUGGCAGUAUAGUCCUUUAAUGGGGAAUGUAUUAGUACAAUUGGAAUUUGAAUAAGCAGAGCUUUUCUCUUCACAUGUUAAGGUUCUGAUUACUUAAAUCUUUCCAAUAUAUCCAAUAAUUUUCUGGGUUCACAGUUUAUAA